AUGCUCUCCAGGAAACAGUCCCCUGCCCUGGCUCCGGAAGAGCGCUACCGCCCAGCCCUGGCCCCUGAGCGGGUCUUGGGAGCUGAAGAUGAUAACAGAGGUGAUGGCUGCUUGCGGAAACUGACGACUGUGAAUGCGCUUCGUUUCCUCUUGCUGGUCCUGAUUCCAUGCAUCUGUGCUGUCAUUGUCCUGCUGGUGAUCCUGCUCUCCUUUGUUGGAACAUUAAAAAAGGCCAAUUUUAAAUCAAAUGGGAGUGAACCUUUGGUCACUGAUAGUAAAGUCCACAUGUCUGAUGUUAUUCUUCUGAAUACACUCCAUAACGAGAGCACUGUGACAUCUGCUGCCCAUCCCACCCAACACAUUCCAGCCUGGACCACGGAUGCGUCUCUCCCAGCAGACCACAAUCACAGGAACACAGGUGCCUGCAUGAACAUCACUCACAGCCAGUGUCAGAUAUUGCCCUACUACACCACGCUGACAUCUCCCCUCUCCAUUGUCAAAAGCAUGGAAAUGGAGAAGCUCCUCAAAUUCUUCACAUACCUCCAUCGCCUCGGUUGCUAUCAACAUAUCAUGCUUUUUGGCUGCAGCCUGGCCUUUCCCAAGUGCAUCAGAGAUGGUGCUGACAGUCAUGGACUCCUGCCUUGUAGAUCCUUCUGUGAGUCUGCAAAAGAGGGCUGUGAGUCAGUCCUGGGAAUGGUGAAUGCCUCCUGGCCCAGUUUCCUCAAAUGUUCACAGUUUAGAAACCAAAGUGAAAACAGCAAUGUCAGCAGGAUUUGCUUCUCACCACAGCAGGAAAACGAAAAGCAAUUGCUCUGCAGAGGGGGCGAGAGCUUUCUGUGCACCAGUGGCAUCUGUAUCCCCAGGAAACUGCAGUGUAACGGCUACAACGACUGCGACGACUGGAGUGACGAGGUUCACUGCAAUUGCAGCGAGAACCUGUUUCGCUGUCACACAGGCAAGUGCCUUAAUUAUAGCCUGGUGUGUGAUGGAUAUGAUGACUGUGGAGAUCUGAGUGAUGAACAAAACUGUGACUGCAACCCCACAGAGGAGCAUCGCUGUGGAGACGGGCGCUGCAUUGCCAUCGAGUGGGUGUGUGAUGGGGACCACGACUGCGCGGAUAAAUCCGAUGAAGUUAACUGCUUGCGUCACAGCCAGGGUCUGGUAGAAUGCAGAAAUGGACAGUGCAUCCCCAGUACUUUCCAGUGGAUUGCACUGGACAGAAGUGAUGAGGAGAGUUGUAGUGAUGGUCAGACUCUAUGUCAAGAAGGAGACCAAACAUGCCUCUACAGUUCCUGCCUUGAUUCCUGUGAUGGUACCUCUCUUUGUGACGCCAGCAACAGUCUGAAUAAUUAUAGUCAGUGUGAACCAAUUACGUUGGAACUCUGCUUGAAUUUGCCCUACAACCAUACAAAUUUUCCGAAUUACCUUGGCCACAGGACUCAAAAGGAAGCAUCCGUCAGCUGGGAGUCUUCUCUUUUCCCUGCACUUGUUCAAACCAACUGUUACAAAUACCUCAUGUUCUUUGCUUGCACCAUCUUGGUACCAAAAUGUGAUGAGGAUGCACACCAGCGUAUCCCCCCUUGCAGAGCUCUCUGUGAGCAUUCCAAAGAACGCUGUGAGUCUGUUCUUGGGAUUGUGGGUCUACAGUGGCCAGAAGACACAGAUUGCAAUCAAUUUCCAGAGGAAAAUGCAGACAAUCAAACCUGCCUAAUGCCUGAUGAUGAAGUUGAAGAAUGCUCACCUAGUCACUUCAAGUGCAGCUCAGGACGCUGUGUUCUGGCUUCCAGAAGAUGUGAUGGCCAGGCUGACUGUGAUGAUGAUAGUGAUGAAGAAAACUGUGGAUGUAAGGAGAGAGAUCUUUGGGAAUGUCCAUCCAGCAAACAGUGUUUGAAGCACACAGUCAUCUGUGAUGGGUUUCCAGACUGCCCUGAUAACAUGGAUGAAAAAAACUGCUCAUCUUGCCAAGCUGAUGAGCUAGAAUGUGCCAACCACGAGUGUGUGUCCCGUGACCGGUGGUGUGACGGCGAAGCCGACUGCGUAGACAGUUCCGAUGAGUGGGACUGCGUGACCCUCUCUGCAAACGCGAACUCCUCCUCCUUCCUGAUGGCUCACAGAUCUGCCGUGGAACGCCACGUGUGUGCAGAUGGCUGGCAGGAGACCCUGAGUCAGCUGGCCUGCAAGCAGAUGGGUUUAGGGGAACCAUCUGUGACCAAAUUGAUAGAGGAACGGGAGCAAGACCAACAGUGGCUUACAUUACACUCCAACUGGGAGAGCCUUAAUGCAACAACUUUGCAUGAACUACUGGUAAAAGGGCAGUCCUGUUACAGCAGAAGUAAGAUUUCUCUUCUGUGUACUAAACAAGACUGUGGGCGCCGCCCUGCUGCCCGGAUGAACAAGAGGAUUCUCGGGGGUCGGACGAGUCGCCCGGGAAGGUGGCCCUGGCAGUGUUCCCUGCAGAGUGAACCCAGCGGGCACAUUUGCGGUUGUGUCCUCAUUGCCAAGAAGUGGGUUCUGACGGUCGCCCACUGCUUCGAGGGGAGAGAGAAUGCUGCCAUUUGGAAAGUGGUGUUUGGCAUCAAUAACCUAGACCACCCAUCAACGUUCAUGCAGAUGCGCCUUGUGAAAACCAUCAUCCUGCAUCCUCGCUACAGUCGAGCGGUGGUGGACUAUGACAUCAGCAUAGUGGAGCUAAGCCAAGACAUCAAUGAAACAAGCUACGUCCGACCCGUCUGCUUACCCAGCCCGGAUCAGUCCUUAGAACCUGAUACUUACUGCUAUAUCACAGGCUGGGGACACAUGGGCAACAAAAUGCCUUUUAAGCUGCAAGAGGGAGAAGUACGCAUAAUUUCUCUGGAGCAGUGUCAGUCCCACUUUGACAUGAAGACCAUCACCAGCCGGGUGAUCUGUGCUGGCUAUGAGUCUGGCACAGUGGACGCGUGCAUGGGUGACAGUGGUGGGCCUCUAGUUUGCGAGAAGCUGGAAGGACAGUGGACAUUAUUUGGCUUAACUUCAUGGGGCUCCAUCUGCUUUUCCAAAGUCCUGGGGCCUGGAGUUUACAGCAACGUGACAUACUUUGUCAAAUGGAUUGAAAGACAAAUAUACAUCCAUACCUUUCUCCUAAACUAA